AUGGAGGCCCAGAUGCGAGAAGGCGGUUGCCCCCAGGGCCGGGAAACGGCCCAACGCCUUUUACUCGCCAGUCAACGUCGACAUCAAAGCCCCAAAAUGCUUGCCCGGCUAGCAUCAAGAGGGUCAGAGCUCGCUGUCAAUCAUCGAGUAACCGGCCUCAUAUUUACCGAGAGAUACUUCAGAGAGCUUGACACCAAAUGA